AUGAUGCAACACCUGCUUAUCCCUUUCUUGACCACGUCUGCCCUCCUUGUUGUCGCCUCAGGCUUUUUAGUCGACGAAUUGGACAAGCCUCAACUUUUGAGAGAACUCCCAUUUUUAGAGACGCUUUCUCUCAAUUUCAAAGGCUAUUUCGAGGAGACUACGGUAAGAGAGGUCAAACAAAAGCACAAAAAAACUUAUACUACCCGUUUCAGAUCCCAAAUCUGAAGAUUUUUGAUUUUCUCUCCGCAUUUUGCCUUUUGAUUCAGCUGAAUCUCCUUUUCCCCGGCUGGUUUUUCAUUUCCAAUCUUCUUCCAAGUGCAUUCAAAUUCUUACUAUUAUCAGCGGUAACGGUGGGACUCUUGGUGGCGGAUAGUAUUCUUAUAAGCCAAUGGGACUACCACGCUUUAUCCUUCAUUUGGCCACUAUUUCUGGGCCAAAUAGCCUACGAAUUGGCUGAUCAGAAGACGAUUUUGCCAAUCGAAGAGCAAAAAAAGGGAGAAAUUGAGGGGAAACUUGGAAUACAAAGUAAGCAUUCCUCACAUCAGGCUUAUAAAAAUAAAAAAAUCUAACAUUUGACUACGGCGUAUUUUACAGCUAAAUUUGCAUUUUCAGAUGUCUUAUCAAAUCCAAUAACUCUGGCCCCAUUUGGGGUGCUUCUAACAGUUAUUUCCACAAUUUUCAUUCCGAAUCCUCUUCCCUUUUACAUGCAAAAACUGUUUCUGUUGACGGUAUUUACUGCACUUCUUGUCUUUGGCAAGAAAUUUGAUUUUGUUUUGGUAGAACCGUGGCUACUGUCGUUUGCAAGGUUCGGAUUGAAGCCAGUUUUAACUAAUCAUGCAAUUACCGAAUUGUGGAAGUAUCAUAGGGGAUGGAACUUGGAACUGACUUGGGUUGAGCGUAAGUGGAGUCUUUACUACAACAUUCGUAUUUCUAAAAUACGUUCACCUCAGCUAGAAAGUUUGUUUAGAAUAUUUUAUUUUAUGGAGUGUAAUCUUUGCCAGAAAUCGAUUUUUUGGGCUUCUACGAUUGUUGUGUUACUGAAGUUAGGAUUUACUACACAGCAAUUUGACUAUGCUAUACCCUGUUGGCAGCAUAUUGUUAGACUAAUUUAUGUUUUUUACAGAUUUGUACAUGAUUCUAUUCGCCCUUACCAUAAGCAUUUUCUGGGCCCAUCUCGAAGCUGCUUCGGUAACUCUUUCUUCUGAAAAGCCGAGCAAAAGUAAUCGUUUGAUUGUCGUUUGCUCAUUCCUGUACAUUUCGAUGAUCUUCAUGCAUUAUCAAUAUGCCUGUUCCAUUCCAAAUGUAAGUUCUCGCGAUUUGGCAUGCAACUUCUUGUAUGCAAACUUUUCAGGAGGAGCUGCCAUUAAAUUUGAAAGAGUUUGGAGUUUUUAAAAAGCACUUGAAAAAGAUUUACGACCAAGAAGUUGUUGCCUACAAAUCAAAAGAGUUCAACUUAAAAAUGAGGAAUUUUGGAAGCUUGGAAAGAAACCAAAGCAGAGGAAAAUUCUACUUUGAUGCAAACGUUGAGGGGAUAUAUCAGAGGACUCUGCCUGUAAGACCUUUUUCCAUAGUGUCUCUUGGAACAGACACAAGUAUUAAUGACUGAAUUUUCAGGGAAAAGGAAAACUUCGAAUGCUUGUCCUUGGUGACUCAAUAGCUCAAGAGUUGGUGUAUGGAAUUCAACAAAUGUUCAGUGACAAAUUUGCCCUGUUAUUCAGUUUUACAAUGCCUUGUUGCCGGCCAUAUUAUUCCUCGUUUGAUACUUCCAAUCAACAAUGUCGAAAAUUUGCUGACGAAGUAGUGAAUAUGCUGAAGAAGAAUAAAUUUGACGUUAUCUUUGUGGCUGUGGGGUAAGUUGAAAGAAAUUUAUGCGUAAUUAUGGAGACAACUUUUGAUUUGCCAAUCUGUAACGGGAUAAGUAGCAAAACUUCAAUAUCCAGAAAAAGAACACAAAGUAUCAGCCUAAUAUCCCCAAUACAGCCAUUUUCUCACUUUCAGGUUGUCACCAAAAUCAUCGGACAAAUCUGACCCCAAGCUAAUCCAAGACUUUUACUUGAGUUUGGAGAAUUAUGCCAAGGACUUGUUGGUUAUGAUUGGCGCUCCUUUAGAUCUGCCCUUUGACGCUUUUGUUGAGAAUCAAAAGACUUUGGACCACGCUUCCAAUUACAAUUUACAGGUAGGGUAAUUUUUCACAUUUCCAACGAAUUUUCUGUCCAAAAAUCGUCACUAUUGAAUUUUACAGAUGUCCAUUGCUCUCAAUCUAAGAGAAUCUAAUCAAUUUCACAACAUCUCUUGCCAAAAAUGCAUUAAAGUUGCAAUUUCGGAUGUAUUCUGCAACGAAAAUGACUGUGAAUUAUACGAUAAAUCUAAUCGGAUACCUUUCUACGACAACACGGAAAAUUUGAGUUUAUUUGGCUCCCUAAAAGUUGGUGAUGUUAUCAGAAACCGCUACGAUAAGUUUACCAAAAACUCCCUCAAAAAUUACAACUUCAAAGAGCGAUCAAACGGGACCUUGAACGGAAUGUUUAAAGUACGACGAAUUUAG